AAUAGAGAUGCGUGCUUUUAAACACCAGACAGUGAAUUGCAAUGAGAGGACUGUCUUGCAAUGCGGAGUCAGCUCAUCAAUGCCGUUGAACUUUGUUAAAGCGUACUGGAAAAAACAAGACGAUAAAGAUUUUGAAUGUGUUUCAACAUCCAGCAAUAACCCUCCAGGAUUUGAGUGCAACUACACAGGGGGAGCACUGACAUUAACCAUCUCAAAUCCCACACCAGCAAACAUGGGCACAUACUUUUGUUGUAUAAGGACAGACUCUGGACAUGGAAAAGAAAAAAUCGACGUGUCUAUAGGACAAUGCACCGGAGAAUUCUCCAACCAGAUGGCUGGACCCAAACAAAUGCAGUGCAGCUUCAAUGGUGUGUACCCAGAGGCCAUAAUAAACUGGUAUCAUUAUGACAAGAACCUGACUUCCAACUCUACAAGCACAAGCCUGGUGAACUCUGACGGAACGUUCAACGUCACAAGUGUCCUCAACAUCCAGGACAAUCAAAAGAGAUAUAACUGCUCACUGUGGUCACUCAAACACGGACGAUACAGUGAUCAAGAGUUCGAAGUGGCAGAUCAAGCUGAGUUCAGUCCUGUUAGCAGGAUCAGCACACAACAUUGUUUAUCAUGGACUCUUAUCCUUCUUAGCCUGAUGUUUUAAUUGAGAGCCUGUUUGUCUUUAUAAUCUUUACAUACCAACUCAUACCAACUCUCACAAGACCUGAUGACAAAACCAAAGAUCUGGUGGAGUUUCAUAAAUGGAAUUCACCAGAUAAACUGAUCAUCUAAUCAAUAUAGUGUCAGACCUUUUACCUGCCAUGUGGUAGGUCUGGAUGUAAUUAAAGACCAGGGAAUCCCUGAAGACAUGGCCACUGGAUAUGGCAGCGAACUGACAUUUGACCCACAACUUCAAGUCAUGACUUGAUUUAUUCAAGAAAACGCUCACAUGAAAAACCCAAACUAUUUCAAACAGCAUUUUGAAAAUGUAUUUGUUCCCAUUCUUUAUGCAAAAUAAUGUAUGAUCUCAAAUUAAUUGAAA